GUCAGUAGUCUAGUCUGUUGAGUGUCAGUAGUCUAGUCAGUUGUGUGUCUCACCAUGUCCGGGUGUAGACAGACAGAGAACCAGGAUCAUGGAGGACCCGGACAGUCGACGGGUCCUCGGGCAGUGUGCACCGUGUGUGAUCGUCUGUACCGGGACCCGAAGCUGCUGCCGUGUCUCCACACCUUCUGCUCGGACUGUAUCGGGCAGCUGGAGCCUUUCUCCCGGUCUCUCUCCUCUCUCAGCCCGGGGCAGGAGGAGGACCGAGCCGCCGUCACGGUGCUCUGCCCGGACUGUGACUCCGAGGUGGACCUGCCUCCCUCCGGACCCUCCGGCCUGAGCACCGACCACCUGGCGCUGGACGCCGUGUUCCUGGAGACUCUGGUGACGGACCGGCCGCUGAGCUGCGACCUGUGCGGGGAGGGAGGCUCCGAGAGCCGCUGUGAGGUCUGCUGCGUUAACCUGUGUGAGUUCUGCUGCCAGGCCCACAGGCGUCAGAAGAGAACAGCGUCUCACUCCGUUCAGCGUCUGGAGGAGCUCAAGUCUCGCGGUCGUCUCUGCCGCCCCGUCCUCUGCCCCCUCCACCCCGGCCAGGAGCUGCGGCUCUUCUGUCGGCCCUGCGACCUGCCUGUCUGCCUGGACUGUGCCGCCACGCUGCAUCGCGACCACCGCUGCUGCCCCACGCAUGAUGUCAUUCAUCGCCAUGGAGACCGCAUCCGAGAGCUGGUCGCCGGGCAACUGCGACCUCUCCUGGAGCGUCUGGACCAGUCACUGCAGAAGGUGGAGGUUUCCCAGGAGGCUCUGCAGGCACGGGUGGAGGCGACAGCCAAUGAGGUGAGGGCGUUUGCACGAGGCUACGCCAGCGCUGUGGAAGCUCACUGCCUGUCUCUGCUGCAUCGUCUGGAGGAGCUCCGAGUCCAACGCAGGAACCAGCUCCACCUGCAGAGAGCUCAGCUGAAGCAGACGCUGCUGGACGUCCGAGGCGGCGUAGAGUUUGCGGAGAGACUGCUGGGCUCCGGCUCUGACGCCGAGAUCCUGAGCGCCAAGGGAGUGACCCUGAGGAGACUGAUCAGUCUGGCGGAGAGCAGCUACGACCCGCACCCGGCAACCGUCGCCCCAGACGACGGCAGCAGCAUCUGCUUCGUGCCCGGGGAGCCGGCGGGGGAGGUGGAGGGCUACCCGGUGGUUGGGGUCAUCAGCGCUAAGACAGUGGACCUCAGCAAGUGCACCAUUGAAGGGGAAGGUCUGCAGCGAGGCGAGGAGGGCGAGCGGGGUCACUUCACGCUGGUGUGCCGAGACUCCGCCGGGGAGCAGGUGGCACGAGGCGGAGAGCACGUGCUGGUCAGCGUCGUCCACAAGGAGAAGAAAGACUGCUCCGUGGAGACGACAGUGGUCGACAACAGCGACGGAUCGUACAGCGUUUCGUUCACACCUGAAGAGAAGGGAACUUACUCGGUGUGGGUUUGUGUCCGAGCUCAACACGUCAAGGGUUCACCGUUUGUUCUGAACGUGCGGAGGAAGAUUUGGCGACACAGCGGGACGUUCCACUGCUGCUGCUUCUGCUCCAGCGGAGGAGCCAAGGAGGCUCGAUGUGGCUGCCCAGGAACCAUGCCAGGAGGAUUCAAAGGCUGCGGACACGGUCAUAAGGGACACCCCGGGAAGCCUCACUGGUCGUGCUGCGGCAGCACCGCCGAGCAGUCCGAGUGUUUGCCUCCGAGCGUGCUGGCUGCGGCUUCUCCCCGCGGCCACCUGCGAACCGUGGAGCUCUGAGGUGACGCGGAGGCGAGGCCUGUCGAGAUGAUGCAAGCUAACGGAGGGUGGCGGCAACGGAAAGGUCAGAGCGGCGGGGGGGGGGGGACGCGCGGGAGAGGUACCUGGUGUGAAUCUUGAGUGGGUUUGAAAAGAAAGUGAUGUUUCAAAGAUACAGUGACUGAGGCAGAACGUCCAGGUCUGUGUCUUUGACCUCCGUCCUGAUCUGGUGUCACAGACUAAAGUGAAGCGUUUGGAUUGUUGACCCUUAUUAAUAUGAACUAUCUUAUCUGGAGACACUGAGCUGGAAGAGUCGGUUUCCUCUCCAGCACUGACCAUGAACACAAACCUCCCACAGCCACUUAAUGCCUUCUCUGUAUCGUUUGAAUCUGUAUCUG